GUGGGGUCAAUUAAACGCUCAAAAUGGCCAGAAAAAGAGAACUUUCAUCUGAAACUUGACAGUCUAUUCUUGUUCUUAGAAAUAAUGGCUAUUCCACAAAAUUGUUUGGGUGACCCCAAACUUUUGAACGGUAGUGUAUAAUAAAAAAACCAAAACAUGUACACCCAUUUAAAUCCAGUAUAAUACAUAAUGGAAAAAUGCAAAACACUCCCUCCACACUUAUCCAUGUUUGCCGCAUUUUAGCUGCUUGAUAUUUCUGAUUGAAUAAACAACAUCAGGAGGUUGUCACAGAAGUAAACACGGUAGGAGUUGAACUAUAAAUAACCAAUUAUAAUAAUUGUUAAUUAUAAUGUAGUAAUAAUAAAAAAUCAAGUCAUAUGUAAUAUAAAUAUGUAAUAAUAUAAUCAAGUCCUUGACAAGCAAGCCCCAUCACUCAUAUUGUCAGACUGUGUGCACAAUGCAGCAGCCUGUCUAUGAAAGUGUAGGAUUGUGUUGGAUACAGACGGCUGCUUUCACUGUCUCCGUCAGUCACUGUCACAAAAUGAGUGACCGCGCUCAGUAUUGUGGCGACUGCUACAUCAGCAUGUUCAGAGCCUGCGCUUACAACUUACAAUCCCCACCAACGCAAACGCAACAAUAUAUUAUGUUAUUUUUUGGUAUUAUUUUGUUUUAUAACCUCAAAUAGGAAAAGGUAAAAAAACCAAAAACAAGAUCAAUGAAUUAAAUAUAAAUAGCUGCAGAGGUAGAUGGCGCCUCAUCAUACUCCACAACCAUGUCUGUGGCUGCCGUGGAAGUAUCUGACUGCUCAUUUUGGCUAGUGGGUGCUUUACCGCCAACAUAUUAAAGACAUGCCCCUGAAUUUACAAUGAAGAUUAAAUGUAUACGUUAGAUCACACUUACAUCACACAUGCAUCCUCUCCCCAAUUCAAAUGACCAUAAUGCUCAUAUCCUAUUAAUUAAGCCCAACACACUAAUAGGGUUGUACGGUGCACCGGUAUUAGUAUAGUACCACAAUACUAAUUAACCAUAUUCGGUAGGGGUGUGGGAAAAAAUCGAUUCGAAUUCGAAUUGCGAUUCUCACGUUGUGCGAUUCAGAAUCGAUUUUCAUUUUUAAAAAAUCGAUAUUGAAAUGUUUAUUUAUUUUAUUUUUUCAUUUUUGUAAUUUUGUUGUUGUUGUUGUUUUUUUUAAAAAAAUGAAUCAAUCCAACAAAACAAUACACAGCAAUACCAUAACAAUGCAAUCCAAUUCCAAUUCCAAAACCAAACCCGACCCAGCAACACUCAGAACUGCAAUAAACAGAGCAAUUGAGAGGAGACACAAACACGACACAGAACAAACCAAAAGUAGUGAAUCAAAAAUUAAUAUUAUCAACAACAGUAUCAAUAUUAGUUACAAUUUCAACAUAGCAGUGAUUAAAAAUCCCUCACUGAACUUAUCAUUAGACAUUUAUUAAAAAAAAAAAAAAAAAGAACAAUAGUGUCACAGUGGCUUACACUUGCAUCGCAUCUCAUAAGCUUAAAAAAAACAAACGGUGUCCAAUAUUUUCACAAAGAUAAAAUAAGUCAUAUUUUUGGUUCAUUUAAUAGUUAAAACAAAUUUACAUUAUUGCAAUCAGUUGAUAAAACAUUGUCCUUUACAAUUAUAAAAGCUUUUUACAAAAAUCUACUACUCUGCUUGCAUGUCAGCAGACUGGGGUAGAUCCUGCUGAAAUCCUAUGUAUUGAAUGAAUAGAGAAUCCUUUUGAAUCGGGAAAAUAUCGUUUUUGAAUCGAGAAUCGUGUUGAAUCGAGAAAAAAAAAAAAGAUUUUGAAUCGAAUCGUGACCCCAAGAAUUGAUAUUGAAUCCAAUUGUGGGACACCCAAAGAUUCGCAGCCCUAAUAUUCGGUACUAUACCGCCUCUGAAAAGUACCGGUCCCCCCCCCCCUCCCGUUGUUUGUCACGUCGUGACAUUGCUGGUUUACGAGCAGACGAGCAUGUUCGGCGGCGCGCAAUCACAGAGUACUUACAAGCAAACACAGUGUGUAGACAGAAGAGGGAGAACGGACGCAUUUUGGCUUAAAAACUAACGAUAAAGGUGAAGUUAUAACACUGAAACGGCCACCGUAAAAUGUGCUUUAAGACAUGGCUAGCUAGCUAGCGGCUAAAGUCCUGCCGCACUCGGCAGUGUUUUAGCUACUUCUAAAUCACUAAUCCUCGCCUCCAUGGCGACAAAUAAAGUGAGUUUCUUACAAGUAUCAUCCCUGCAGGACGAGGAAUAGCUAAAUAUGCUUCACUGCACACCGUAGCUCUCCGACGUCAAAAUGUAAACAAACGCCAUUGGUGGAUCCACACCUAACAUCAACUGUAAUGAUAUCAAGUACAGGAACGCAUCUAGUCGAUACUACUAUUAUUACGUCCAUAUUUUUUGGCAUCACAACAUCUUCUUUCGUUUUUUAUUUAUAUUAUGUUUAUAAACUCAGGAAAUAUGUCCCUGGACACAUGAGGACUUUACAUGUGACUAAUGUAUGAUCCUGUAAGAACUUGGUAUCGGAUUGAUACCUAAAUUUGUGGUAUCAUCCAAAACUAAUGUAAAGCAUCCAAACAACAGAAAAAUAAAUGAUUAUUACAUUUUAACAGAAGUGUAGAUAGAACAUGUUAAAAGAGAAAGUUAGCAGAUAUUAACAGUAAGUGAACAAGUAGAGUAAUAAUACAUUUUUACAGUUUGUCCCUCAUAAUUUUGACAAAAUAAUAGAAUGAUAAAUGACACAAUAUGUUACUGCAUAUGUCAGCAGACUAAAUUAAGAGCCUUUGUUUGCUUACUUACUAAUAAAAGACAAGUUGUCUUGUAUGUUCACUAUUUUAUUUAAGGACAAACUUGCAAUAAUAAACAUAUGUUUAAUGUACCCUAAGAUUUUUUGUUAAAAUAAAGCCAAUAAUGCAAUUUUUUGUGGUCCACUUUAUUUAGAAAAGUAUCGAAAAGUACCAAAAAGUAUCAAAAUAAUACUGGUACCGGUACCAGAAUAUUGGUAUCGGGACAACACUACACACUACAAAUGAUUCAUCACAUAGAGCUUACAACAUGCCAUGUCAAUGUAUAUUAGAAGUUAUUUAACUUAGCAUAUAGCAAUAAGAUAUUCCAAAAUCAGGACGUCUGUGUAAAUUUGCACUUGUCUUGCAAACACAAACUGUCUCUGUAAAAUUAGUUGCAUGACAUGAUGCCUCCAUUCUUAUAGUUGCUAGUUUAGCAAACCCAAAUACAGACGUCUUCUGUGGCGAAUAGCAGCAUAUUAGCAAGAGGCUAAUUAAUAGUUUAUAGUCUACUGUCACUCAUGUCACUCAGGAAUCUGCAUACCUUUAUCUUGUUCCCGUUUCUCAUCUUCUUCUUUUCUUCUUUCUCUAAACUGGGCACAUGACGGCUUCUUUGGUCUUAUACUUUGAUCCAUGCUAAAGAUGAGGACUCGACGUCAUUAAUGUUUUCAUUACCUUUUGCCAACAACGCCCAUUCGCCUGUCAAUCAACCAGAGUCACAUCAUUAACGGUGCCUGUCACAUGCCAGUAAAACAGCUGAUCAAACAAAACAGAAGUCAUCGUCAUGAACCCACUAGCUGUGAAAGCUCGCUCUCCGAUCUGCUGAACAGACUCAAUAACUCCACGGUGACGUCCUGGUGAGCUUACUGAGGAAUUUGUCAAACUGAAACAAUACAAAAAGAAUGCCUUUGUUUUUGUAGUCUGUCAACAAAGUAUCAGAUUCCUACCUGUGCUUCCACUUGGUGCGCCUCACCUACAUCACCAGUCCCCUCCUUCGUCUUUUACAUCAAGACCCCUGGAUCUCUUCCACGUCUCCUCACUGGACAACUACCUCCAAUCCACUCGUGCAAUCUGCUUUCUCAGGCCAGAAGAACCAACCGUCAUCCCCCCGGACGAACCCACAACUGGUGCUCCCUCAGUGGGGGAGGGAGGGGAAGGAAGGCAGCGAAACAUUGUGCCGCUCCCCCCCAGAGAUGAAGCUGCAGGCCGUCAUGGAGAACCUGCACAGGCAGCAGAGGGCCAAGCUGAUGAUGGAGCAGCAGCUUCAGCAGCAAGCGGCCAUCCAGCACUCUCAGAUCCGCAUCAGUGCAGGAGCGGGCGAAGAGUCCAUAAACAUCCCGGCCGCCGACAACGAGCAGGCCCAGUUGGUGGCCCUGGCGGCCAUGCGUGCGGCUGCGGCCGGAUUACAGAGGGUGUCGGACAGCCGCAUGUCGGACAGCCGCAUGUCAGACAGCCGCAUGUCGGAGCGAAGCAGCGGCAGCGAGGAGGAAGGUGAAGACGACGACAACGAAGGCGAAGAGCAAUACAAAGACAUGAUGGGGUCGGAUGAGGAGGAGCAGAUCAAACAGAAGUGGGACGAGGAGGACUUUGAAGGCGAGAUGGAAGAAGACUUCGACGACGACCUGGCGGAGGAAGGGCUGCCGACAGGCCACAACGCGGUGGUGCCCGGGAAAGGCAUUCUCCUACUGCCACACCGCCAGCUCCACCCUCACUCUCAGCUGCUGAAAGCCCGGUCCAGCGUCGACCAAGAGCCCCGUGUAGCCAUCUUGCCUCCGAACGCCACACACAGCCUCCAAGGGGGCCAAGACCAUGGGGAGUGGACCUAUGAGGAGCAGUUCAGACAGCUCUAUGAACUGGAUGGCGACCCAAAAAGAAAAGAGUUUCUGGACGACCUCUUCAACUUCAUGCAGAAAAGAGGUACCCCGGUGAAUCGUAUUCCCAUCAUGGCCAAGCAGGUCCUGGAUCUGUACAUGCUCUACAGGCUGGUGACAGAGAAGGGCGGCUUGGUGGAGGUCAUCAACAAGAAACUGUGGCGGGAGAUCACCAAGGGACUCAACCUGCCUACCUCAAUCACCAGUGCAGCCUUCACCCUCCGCACACAAUACAUGAAGUACCUGUACCCGUACGAAUGUGACAAGAGGGGCCUCAGCAACCCCAACGAACUCCAGGCGGCCAUUGACAGCAAUCGGCGGGAAGGCCGACGGCAGAGUUUCGGCGGCUCCCUCUUCACCUACUCCCCCAACGGCACACCAACCAUGCUGUCUUCGCCAAAGCUCUCCACACCCACGAUGGGCUUGACAGUGGGCACCAAUGGGGCCUCGCUCACCCCCAUUCAGAAGAUCAGGAAAGAAGAGGGUGGUCAACCUUUCGUGGGAAUUGGCAUGCCGCGCAUACCGGCGGGAGCCUUGGCGGGUCAUUCGGUGGCUGCGGUGCAGGCGGCGGCGGCCCAGGCGGCCAUGGCAGCUCAGGUGGCGGCUUUGGAGCAGCUGAGGGAAAAGCUCGAAGCUGGUGAGCCACCGGAGAAGAAGAUGGCGCUGCCAGCUGAGGAGCACCAUCGACUGCUGCAGAGAGCACUGCAACACAACCUGCUGGCCAUGACAGCACAGAUUCCCCCCAUGAACGUCCGCAUCAACCAACUAGAUAGUAGACAGGACUCCGCCAUGAACCUCACCACCAAUGGCACAAACAGCAUCAGCAUGUCAGUGGAGCUCAAUGGAGUCAUGUACACUGGUGUCCUUUUUGCUCAGGCAGCAGCUGGGUCAGCCCCGUCGGGCGCGUCCCUCUCCAGCAGGGCUGUGGGCAGUCGCCUCGCACCUCAACCGCCACCGCAGCAGCAGCAGCAGCAGCAGCAGAACGUACCUACCUCAACCUCCAACAACCCAGUGUCUUAACAAAGCCUCAGCCUUUCCUCCUUUUAUUUUUUUUUGUUUUUUUUUAGAUAUCAUGCUAAGUAAAGCCAAAAAACAAGCUCAUUUUCUACAUAGUCUAUGCCAAAAAAACCAAAAAAAAAACCACACAAAACCUACACAAAGACACAAACUGUAAGUCAAUCACUUGAAACACACACUCAGGUUUUCUGUCAUCAAUUCACCUCUUUUGUUCUUCAUAGUCAACGAUCAUUUUGGAGGCGAGCCUCCACACAGAGAGCCAGUAUAUGUAAAAGACGUGCGUAUGUACAACCUGUGAAUUAUUUAUUUCUGCAUACAUGUACAGUUAAUGGAAGAACAAAAGAGAAAGGGGGACAUGCACUGUUUACACUCACAAACACAGCUACUGACUGACAGUAAUGUUUUACAUUCUCUUUAUUUUACUAUAUAUCUAUAUUAUUUUUAUCAUUUAAAUCUUUAUCAAUCCUCUCACUGCGGGGUGGGGGAAAAAAAUCAUCUAUAUAUUUAGAGGUCUAUAGAAAAAGUACAGAAUAUCUUCUAUUUUUAAUCAGAAAAGCUUUAAAAAGUAUAUGUGGUUUCUUUGGGCGUAUAACAAUGCACCAUUAUGACCUACUUCUGUGGAAAACCAGAGACCUUAUUCACACGGCGGCCGUUUUUCCAGCGGUCUUGUGCUCCUGUUUGGUGAAACGAGACCCGGGCGACACGUCUCCAAUCUCAAACGGGAGGAUUUUAGGAUUGUAAUGUUUAUUUCUAUUAAUAUAUUGGGCCAGGCGAGGUGAUGGCGCGACGUCCCCGCGGAACUUGCGCUGUGUUGUCUUCUCCGGUUUUGCAGUAAAGCGUCAAGCUUAGUCUUAGUCCUGGAUGACUGUUCCUGCAAGUACAUUGGUACCUCGGUUUGCGGGGGUAAUCAAAAUCGGGUGAAAUCUGAAGCAAUUACAGAUCAUCCAAAUCCAGUCCGAUUAAUCCCAUCCAGACACCCAAAAUAUGACCAAAAAACACAUUCUAUAGUUUUUUUCAUGAAUUCAAUAGUGUUUCUUCUUUAUCAUAGUGCUUGAACUUGCAACUCUCUUUGGCCCCAUGGGGACUUAUUUUGCAUUUCUACUAGCGACUGAGUCACCAACGUAUUGGAUUGUGGGGAUGAUACACCAAAAAAAGCGCAAUAUCUAAGCCGUGCAAUAACCUAGAUCAGUGGUUCUCAAACUUUUCUCACCAAGUAACACUUCGGAAAACACUUGCCUCUCCAAUAUUGACCAAUAUUAAAACACAGUAGCGUAAUAAGUCUAAGUAUUCAUUAAAAACAAGGCAGAUGUUUUAUUGAACAAGUGUAUUUAAUAUUUUUUUGGUAACAUUACACACAGUUUGAACAGUAACAAUGUGUUUGAAUUAAGAAAAUAAUAAAACACUGUACUUUAAUCAAGUGAUUAUUUAAGGUACCACUACUGGUACCCGUACCACAGUUUGGCAAUACUGGCCUAGGCGCAGUGGAAAAUGUAUCAACUUAACUAGUUGUUAAAUAGGGUUCAUAAUUCGAAAAGUUUGUAUAUUGAAGCAAAGUUCUCCAUAAGAAACGUGAAGAAUGGGGUCCACAUUUUAGUCAAAGUUUAAACACAAUAUGAAGCGCUAUACAGCACGGUGUGUCAAACAUACAUAACAAGGGGGCGAUGGAUCAACUUUCUAUUCAAUAACAAAACCAAAACAACAACUCGCUGAGCUGUCCUCAUAUGCAGCCGCCCUGCCGACACGCACACACAUUGCCACUAGCCCUGUGGUGCACUCACAGUUUGAAAUCACAAAACUCCUUAACUUUAACCGCCAAGUGACUACAGUGAUUUUGGAAUAGAAAAAAAAAAAGUAACCUUGUUGGUUAUUCUUAUCGGUGGGUAGAGGGGGAAGAAGUGUCGACAACGCUGUGGAUACUUCCUGAACGUUUCAAACCACACAUCCCCCGUCCAUUGCUUUCUUUGAGCCAGCAUAACGAGAAGAAUGUUGUAAAAAGGCUAAAAUGAGCACUUCAAAAGCACAGAAAGCAGCACGCCAGUUGCGCUGCUUGGCACAAAAUGGGUGGAUGAAAUGUUUGUACGCUGAGACGAGGUUCGUACAACACAGAAUACUUUUCUUUCCGCCUUGAGAAGUUUGUAUAAUGAGGGGUUUGUAAAUCGAUGUUCCACUGCGAGGUACCAUUGUACUUGUCCUACUAAGAAUGUUCUCAGGUGUUCCGGUUGGCGAAUCGUCGUGUUUGCAAAGCGGGAAAAGAUCACUUCCGAUCGUUUUAAUAUCUGUUUUUAAGCUUGUCUUUCUCAUGAAGUGAUUUGUCUUAAGGUCCGAUGCAUGUGCGUUGUUUGUCUGUCCGCUUUAACGGUCCUUGUUGCCGCGGAGACGCUCCACCGGACAAUCAGGCGUCAGGAGAGCUGUGCUUCAGAGGACCCCCCGGUGGUAGUUUUAGCUCAUAUCUGCAGCUUUCUUGUUGCUUUUUGGUGUGUUUUUAUAGAUGUCGGACACAUUUAUUUGUUGUGUUUUUCAUUUGGCAUGACUUUGAUCCAAGUGCUUCUUACAUAGCCUGUGCUGCUUGGAGGACACAACAGAGACGCGGUCUCUGACCUCCUCAGACACAGGCGCUUUUGAAAAUGUCUUUGCAGUUUGAACUAGCUCAAUUAUUCAACGUCGUGACCUUUUUUUUAUCUCUCUUGUUAAAAGAUUGUCCCGCAUCUCGUACCACACUACGCCAAACAACCUCAUUCGUACUAAAGCUAAGGUUUGUUUUUUGAGGCCUUAAACAGUAUGACAGUCUUUUUUUUUUCUUUUUUUUUUUACUCGUUCUGGGCAAAUAUCACCAGAUGCUGUUUUGAUCCGGGCCUUGCUUUUCUUACGACCACCAGCAGCUACACAAACAUGGCCGCCCUUCUCUGUGCUCAGACAUUACGCUGUGCUGCUGUCAUCCUUUGAUUGUACCUUGGCUGGUUUUAUUACUUCAGGGAAAGACAAAACGGAACUUAGGGAGUAUUGGGGUCGCACUUGACGUCAUACAAUUACGGUAAUUAAGUCGACGUUCUACUACUAUCAUAAAAGUAUAUGCACUCUAUUGCCAAAAGUAUUUGGCCACCUGCCUUUACUCACAUAUGAACUUGAAGUGCCAUCCCAUGGAAUUGUCCAAAAUGUUUUGGUAUCCUGGAGCAUUCAAAGUUCCUUUCACUGGAACUAAGGGGCCAAGCCCAACUCCUGAAAAACAACCCCACAGCAUUAUUCCUCCUCUACUAAAUUUCACACUAGGCACAAUACAGUCUGAAAUGUAGCGUUCUCCUGGCAACCUCCAAACCCAGACUGGUCCAUCAGAUUGCCAGAUGGAAAAGAGUGACUCAUCAGUCCAGAAAAGGCGUCUCCACUGCUCUAGAGUCCAGUGGCGACGUGCUUUACACCACUGCAUCCCACGCUUUGCAUUGGACUUGGUGAUGUAUGGCUUAGAUGCAGCUGCUCGGCCAUGGAAACCCAUUCCAUGAAGCUCUCUGCGUACUGUACGUGGGCUAAUUGGAAGGUCACAUGAAGUUUGGAGCUCUGUAGCAACUGACUGUUCCCAAACUCUUCACUUUUCUUAUAAUAAAGUUGACUUUGGAAUUUUUAGGAGCGAAGAAAUUUCACGACUGGAUUUGUUGCACAGGUGGCAUCCUUUGACAGUUCCACGCUGGAAAUCACUGACAGCGGCCCAUUCUUUCACAAAUGUUUGUAGAAACAGUCUCCAUGCCUAAGUGCUAGAUUUUAUACACCGGGCCAAGUUAUUAGGACACCUGAUUGUCAUCAUUUGGAUGGGUGGCCAAAUACUUUUGGCAAUAUAGUGUAUCUUGUUGAGGAUUUAGAAAAUUUGAAAUAUUCACAAACAAUGAACUUUGCAAUACAUUGGCACCUUCAACACCACCAACUGUCUGUGUGAGUUGCUAAAAAGUGAUUGUGUAUUCCAGGGGUGUCCAAACUUUCUCAACAAGGGCUACAUACUGACAAA